GGGCGGGCAGGCUGCUGCCGCGCCGACGGCCCCGCGCCCAUGACGAUGCUGCUGGACGGAGGGCCGCAGUUCCCGGCGCUGGGGGUGGGCGGCUUUGCGGCGCCCCGCCACCACGAGAUGCCGGGUCGCGACGCCGGCGGCGGCGGCAUGGGGCUGGGCCCCUUCGGGGACUCUUCGCACGCCGCCGCCUUCAAGCUGAACGCGGCCCCGCACGACCUCGCCGCCGGGCAGAGCUCGGCAUUCACGCCGCAGGCGCCGGGCUACGCCAGCGCCCUGGGCCACCACCACCAUCACCACCACCACGCCGGCCAGGUGCCCUCCUACGGCGGGGCCGCCGCCUUCAACUCCACCCGCGACUUUCUGUUCCGCAACCGCGGCUCCGGCAUCGCGGACGCCGCCUCCGGCACAGCGCAGCACGGGCUCUUCGGCGGCUCCCCCGGCGGCUUGCACGGCCCCGGCGGCAUCCCGGACACCCCGGGCUACCUGCUCUUCCCGGGGCUGCACGAGCAGAGCCCCAGCCACACGUCCCCCAACGGACAUGUGGACAACGGGCAGAUGCACCUGGGGCUGCGCGGGGACCUCUUCGGGCGGCCGGAUCCCUACCGGGCCGUCUCCAGCCCCCGCACGGACCCUUACGCCGGCGCCCAGUUCCACAACUACAACCACAUGAAUAUGAAUAUGGGCAUGAACGUGGCGGCCCACCACCACCACCACCACCACGGCCCCGGCGCUUUCUUUCGGUACAUGCGCCAGCCCAUCAAGCAAGAAUUGUCCUGCAAGUGGCUCGACGAGAGCCAGCUCAGCCGGCCUAAGAAGAGCUGCGACAGGACUUUCAGCACCAUGCACGAGCUGGUGACCCAUGUCACCAUGGAGCACGUCGGGGGGCCGGAGCAGAACAACCACAUCUGCUACUGGGACGAGUGUCCGCGGGAAGGCAAGUCCUUCAAGGCGAAAUACAAACUGGUGAACCACAUUCGGGUGCACACGGGGGAAAAGCCCUUCCCGUGCCCCUUCCCGGGCUGCGGCAAGAUCUUUGCCCGCUCCGAGAACCUCAAGAUUCACAAGCGGACGCACACAGGUGAGAAGCCUUUCAAGUGCGAGUUUGAGGGCUGCGACAGGCGCUUCGCCAACAGCAGUGACAGGAAGAAACACAUGCAUGUCCACACCUCGGACAAGCCCUACAUCUGCAAGGUGUGCGACAAAUCCUACACCCACCCCAGCUCACUUAGGAAACACAUGAAGGUGCACGAAUCCCAGGGGUCGGACUCUUCCCCUGCGGCCAGUUCGGGGUACGAGUCCUCCACCCCCCCUGCGGUGGGCUCCGCCGGCAGUAAGGACUCCACUAAAACGCCGCUGGCCGCCCUGCAGAGUAACCCCGGCCAUAACCCUGGACUGCCCCCCAAUUUUAAUGAGUGGUAUGUGUGAAGGCAGCUGCUGCCCGGCCACAGACUGGACCAAAUGCACAGGGAACGAGGAAAAAAAAAGGACAAACCAAGCCAACUGCAGCUCGCUCCCACGGAAAUGGAGUUUCCACACCGACGACCGCAUAGGGCUACACCUACUUAACUGCCAGGAUACGGAGGGGGGCCUUUAAUUAUUAUAUUAUAAUUAUUACUAUUUUUUUGCAAGCCCAGAUGCUGGACUAGCCAUGUCCUUUUCUCAGGAUUAGAUUUCUUUUUUUUUGUUGUCAUUUUUUUUCAGUCUCAGUCGUUUCUUUGACUGUCACCCCCCCCCCGCCACCUUGCCUGAGUCUCUCUUCUUCCAAUUCCCCACUUACUUUAUUUUUCUUAAUUUUUUUUCUUUCUUUCGGUGGGAUGUUGACAUGAGGAUGAAAAUUCUCCUUCGCCUUAGUGGUGAUUGUUUAAACUUACAGUCUUAAACCGUGCCAAAGUCCUGUUAUGUCUUGAACUCUCCUUUCUAGCUCUCCUGCUGCUUCUUUCUCUGCUCUUCUCUUUCUCCUUCUCUCUCCAAGCAUUACACUUGUGAAUGUAUUCUCGUCUGAUGGGGUCGGUCAGUAUUUUUCAGGAUGAGGAUGUGGUGUUUAUUCUGCCCAGAUUGUGACGUUUAGUAUAACAGUUGCCUUUUUGUAAUAACUUUUUUUGUAAAUACAUACCCAUGAUGCCAUAUUUAUCGUUCGUAAUUUAAUUAUUGAUACAAAGUGCCGGGAACUGAACAAUAUUUAUGGGGGAGAAAAAAUUGUUUUCUAACAAAAAAAUACAAACAAAAAAAUUCCAACUCUGUACAGCUUUUGGUUAUAACUGCUUUAGCAUUAAAAGUUUAUUGUUUUGGAAAGAGCCGUUUUUGACCUCCUCCGGGGCACGGGGCAGCCGCGGGUCCCGUGGCGGGCCCGGCCGGCGCUGCCACCGGGGCCGGGCCGUUGUUUUCGAGCCGGCGAUGCCGGGGGAAGCCCCCUCCUCGCCGCCGCUCUCCGCUCUCCCUUUGUCCCCGCCCUCCACCGCCCAGCGGUCUCGCUGCCCCGCAGCUUCCCGAGCGGGCCGAGGUCGGGGCACGGCGCCGGCGAGCUGGAGCAGCCACGGGGGCAGCGGGGCCGCCUCGACGGGGCGGUCCCGACGGUGAGUAGCGGUUGAGUACCCGGUGAGUAGCGGGCCGGGCGGCGCCGCGCCCGGGGCAGCGCGGGCUGCGGGGCCUGGCAACCGUGCCGACACCGGGCUGCUUGCCGGGGGGUGCCCGGGAGGACCGAGCGGCGGGCAGGACUGUCUCCGUUAUCGUCUGGUUUGUUUUGUUCUGUUUUUAUUUCUGACUAGGAUGCGGAAAAGCCUUCCCGUCUUCAGGAGAGGAGAGGGAUCGAGAUCAAACAUCUCCCCCGAGAAACUUAGCGGCGCCGCACAGGAGCCCCAAGCAAGCAGAGCGACGGUGGAAAUCGCGGUGCACCGUGGGCCGGAGGGCGCCGGCUGUCCGGCGGGCCGGCCGGGGCUGCGGCGGGAGCGCCGACGGCCAGCACGGCCGCUCGGCUCCGCAUCCCCGUCCGGCAGUAGGGAGUUGCUGCGGGCUGAGUCCAGCCCCGGGGGCAGGCAGGGACCCGCGCUACGGCCGCCGCACCUUCGCUGACCGGGGAGACCCCACACCGGCCCGUCUUGAACUUGACGGGGGACACAGUGGAAGGACGGGGGGGUGGCCCAUCCCCUCCGCUUGCCAUAGGGCCGCUCGGGCGAGCAACCCGCGGAACCGUGCGUGUUUUGAAAUUUACAUUGAGCAAAUUUACCCUCUCCUUCCUCCAAAGGUAGAAAAAAAAAAAGGAAGAAAGGUUUCUCGGGCAGAAAAGGACAGGAGAAAAGUGGAUUGCAGCCUCUGCAGCUGCACAGCUAAAAAAAAAAAUGUCCCCGAGAUCCCCACUGGCCCCUUAAAAUAGUUACCUUCGAGGUGUCCCGGCUAGACAUGGAUCUCUGCUUCUCUUUUGCUGUAAAGUCUUUCUCUCGCUGCGCGCAGAGCCGGCCUGUGGCUGGACGCGGAGCGCUGCCGGCCCGGGUCCGGCCCGGCGGGCAAGCGGGACCGCCCUGCACCGCGGCGGGCGAGGAGCAGCGGAGCCACCGGGGGCCGCCGGGUUUUCCUCGGACACCCACCUGGGUCGUGUCUGCGUUGCUCCGGACCGCGCCAGGCUCGGAAAAGGUGCCGGUAGGCUCGGUUUCGUUACUGCUUUGCUCGGAGCCGGGGAGGCGCGGGGCGCGCUGGGCUCCGCGGAAGCGCCUCGGGACGGGCCCUGCUGCUGUCGGGCCCGGACGCCGUCCCAGGGUGGGGCCUCUGCUGUGGCUGGGGUUGUCCGGCUUGGGGAGCCUUGGCCGGGAGAAUGUAGCAUCUCCGACCCGGGAGUAGCGGCCUCACUGGAGGAUCAGUGCAGGGGCCGUUUCUGGCCCCACAGUGUCUCUGGCUGGUCCCCUGGGCUUUGGGCCAUGCUGGCAAAGCUGCGCUCCUGCCUGCCCCUGCAGGUGCUUCCUUCAACUGGCAGCACCAUCCCUGCCAUUUUUAUAGCCAGGACUUAAAAGCAGCAUCCUGGCUCAUUUGGCUUCCCUGGUGUCACAGCCGGUCCCCCACCCUCGGGCCUCCUCAUCCAGACAGGCUUGCAGCCAGUUUGCAGAAGAGUGGAGCAAACUGUUGACUGCACCUCACUGAGGUCCUGUGUUCCCCUAGGCCGUUCUGCGGCCCUCCAGAAAUGGGGCAUGGAUUGGGCAGGUGCAGCUCUAUGUGUGUGUGGUACGAGAUGAAGCAAUGGAUUUGGGGUGGGUUUAGAAAGAGCAGGGGACCUGCUUGGCUCUAAGUCUUUCACAGCACAGGGUUCAGCACCAUGAGGUGGGGCAGGACAGGAGGGCUGUGGAACGGUGUGUGGUGGGUGCUGGUGCCAGCACCUCUGCCCCACCGGCUGCUGCUGGCUCAGACUGGGGAGUGAUGCCAGAGAAGGGCUGUCUCUCCCUGCAGCGUAGUCCUUGGCCUUCACGGACAAGUAAAAAGGGUUUCUUUUUUGUAAAAAGAGUUUAAAAGUUCCUGUUCCUUACCCUUGCUAGUUGCAGGGAGAUACAGAGAGUUCUGGAAUGGGAAAUACCUUCUUUCCUGGAUGUCUUAGGCUGGUUUUGUGAGUUAAGGAGAGACAGCUCAUGAUUUUCAAAGCCAGGGCCUGGCAGUGGAGACCUGUGCUCACAGCUUGGACAAAAACAUUACAAAGCUGACCAGGGCAGGACAGUAAUGACAGGGCAGGUGCCCUGUUAGCUCAGCUUCUAGUGUGUCGCGAAAAUGGGACUUGUGUCAUGCCCCAGAAGAGUCCCAGGACUGUUCCCAAACAGGUGACAUAUUCUGCUGGCUUCUCCCAGCUAGCAGCUCCCUUGAAGUUGCUGUGCUUGCUUGUAUGAGCGGGAUUAGGUGGAUUUGUCCCCAGAUAAACACAGCUCGGGAUGGUUUUCUUAAAGGGGUAAUGUUGAUUCAUUUGCUAUAAGAAAUCUAAGCAGGGGCAGGCGAUGAACUGGAGCCAUUCCAUCUCUACCAUGCUUUAUGAGCCAUGAACAUUUUGAUUCCUUUGGUGUCAUUGUUUUUGCAUAUCUGUCUCUGUGUCUGGUGUAAUCCUCUGAAAAAAAAAAUUUGUUUCCAAGCAUUGUGCCUGCCAUUAGCAUGUAGUGGUUGCACACUGUGUGAAGGCAGAGUCCCGAAGGCAUUUUGAUCAGGUUGUGUUCAAGUGUCUCAGCCUUACAGCAUCAGGAAUUAAGUUUCUAUUACGAAUCUGUUUACUGUAAAGCUCCAAAGUGGUGGAUAGGGUGUAGUAUUGUGUGUUUGCAUUUUAUUUUUUUAAUAUAAUGUUCUCAGAUUAAAAGCAUCAUAUACUAACACUAGCUGUUUUAACUGAGCAUAACUUUGACAAUUGUUUGAUAAACCAUCCUUGUUAUUUAUGCUUGUUACUGUGGUCACCUAUAAGGAAAAUACUUCUGCAGAGUUGCACUCCUGGUUUGGAGAGGUGAAAUUCCAGGGAAAGCCUGUAUUCUUUGAGAAAUCUAAUUUUAUAAUGGAGCAUGCAGAAUGAAUAGUUUGUAUUGUAGUGACUAAUCUGUACAUCCCCUGAACUAAGACAUUUAGUUAACCUUUCUAUGCUGUUUGUAUGGGAUAAAAAUAUAAUCUGUCUUGCUAAUGCCUGCUCACCUGAACAUAACUGCAGGCAGUAAAAAUGCUUUUGUAAGAGCUUGCAAUGGCGAGUGAGAAUGGCAAAGCAAGGACCUGCCCUGCAGACCUGAUAGGAGAUGGUUUAGGAUGGCUUUACAGACAUCUGUUCUGUUCUAGUCAUGGAAAAACCCCCUGCAGAAUCUGGAGGAGGCAGUUGUCAAAGGAGGCGCAGAUAUAUUUUAAUAUUUAGAUGCUAAUUUUAUUCUCAGUAAAGAAGGUUGUGUGCUGCUUAGGUUUUCUUUUAGCUGAUACUUUGGUAAUGUUUCUCCAUUUCAAAUGUUUGUGUGAAAAGAAACUUUAAUAAAAAGAGCUGGGAAAAAAAAAACAGUUUAGCUGAAUGAUUUUGUUUUGGCAACUUGUUCAAUAGU